AUGAGUCGUCCGGCCCCUCAUUAUACAAAAUCUACUUUGGCUAAGUAUUUGUUAUAUGAUUUAGAUAAUCUAUUCAAUAUUAAGUAUAACCAUAAAAAAGUUCAUUUACAAGAUGGCUACAAAGAUUAUUUUGUAUUAGAGAAAAAAAUGAAUAAUAAUAUAUAACAAAUAUGAUGGAAGUAUCAAAUUUUGAUGAAAGUUAAUAACCUACUAUGAAAAUAAUAUCAAAAUUUAGUUAGUAUGACGAAUAUUUUUCUAUAUAAGAUCCAAUUAGAAUAAUUUAAGGAAGUGAUGUACAAUAAAUAUUUUAAAAUAGUCAUAAUUUCCUUUUGUGGUGAAAUUUAAUGAAUAAAAAUUAUGUGAGAUUGAUGAUUUAUAUAAUAAUUCACUUCCUGCAUUGAAUGGAUAAGUAGUUCUAUUAAUAACAUAAAAUCCUCCUUUAGGUUUAAUUUAAUAUAUAGAAUCUCAAGCAUCUUAUUUAAUAAUUUAUUUAUCAACACCAAACCCUGAGAUUGAAAAUUAUAUAUAAAAUUCUUCAUCUUUGAAAUAGUAUUGGAAACCAGAAUUAAUAAUAGGAAAGGUUAUUUUAUUAAAUUAGAUUAGUUUUCUAUAAAAAAAAGUUUGUCAAUAAUAGAUCAAUUUAUUUUUAUGCCUGAUUACUCUAAUGAAGGUAAAUAACAAGUAAUUGAGUGUGUUUCUUAAUUAAUGAGAUUGAUACCAAAUGAAAUUGAUAAACUUACAUUCUUAAUAAAGUUGUAAGGAAAUCCAAUAUAGGAGAUUUUUUCAUUGGGUUCAAAAAUGAAUGAGGCUUUCAUAUAAAGGUUUGAAAAUUAGGUUUGGAUUAAGAAAAUACUUAGAUAAUGUUAGAAUAGAAAUGGAAUAGUAUUAAAAUAGAGGGAUUAGAAAAAGACAGGUUUUGAAAAAUCUUAAUAUAUGAUGUUGAGCAAUAAUAUAAAUCCAAAUAAAGGGUAUAAUUUAACAGUAGAAAAUACAGAAUUUUUAAUAAAUUUUACAAAGUAUUAAUAAGGGAGUGGUAUUACACAUGUUUUUAAAUGUCUAAUUUAUCAGAAAGGAAUAGAGGGUAGGAAUUCUAAUAAUAUUGAUUAGGCAAAAUUAUUUUGCACUUUAAUAUUUUUAGUUAAAGAGUUAAAAAGUUUUAGUCAAUAUGAUUCAGAUGAUUUUGUUAGUUUAAUGAGAAUAACAUAGUAAUCUUCAUUUAUCUCAUGUUGUAUAUGCAUAAAUUUAAUGAAAUAAGAAGACUUAAAAGAAUUGAGUUAAAUAAAGAUGCAUUAUAAAAGAUAUUUAGAAAUCUUAAUUUGUAGUGGAAUAAUAUCAAAUGAAUAAGAUAGUUACGUAUUAUAGUCUAUUUUCAAUAAAUGUUUGAAUUGUCCGAUUUAUGAUAUAUCAAUACCAAAAAGUGAUCAUUUGGGUUCUGGAGACAAUAUUACAUAAUAAUAGAUAUAGGCAGAGGAAAUGGGAGAAAAAGUUUAUUCAAUAGAUUAUGAUUACGCAUUGUCUUAAAAAUCACAUCAAAUAUUUCUUGGGCUUUAAUAGGAUUUAAAUUAUAGUGAAUUGUAGAUGGAACCACUAAAACGAUUCCCCUAUUAAACAGCAACAUCUAUAUAAAAUUCUUUAAAUGAAUGA